UGUGAGGAGUCAGAGAGGGAGUAGCGGACGCACGAGCAGGAAGAGGUGAAGAAGAAGAAGAAGAAGAACUUAGAGCGUCAGACACGAAUAAGAAAUAAAUAACAACAAGAAGUAAACAACAAGAGGUAAACAUCAGCUUGAGCAGCUGCUGCAGCUGUCAAUCAAACCGGUUUACAGAGGUGGCGGAGUCAUGUCGACACAACAGCCCAGCACUGAGUCUGACAAAGACCAGGACCAGGACCGAGAGCAGGUCAGAGACCAGGAUCGAGACCAGGACCAAGACCAGGAUCAAGACCAGGUCCAUGAGGUCCCCAGAGACCAGUUAGAACUGCAGGAACCUCAACCAGAACUCCAGAGACCAGAUCUUCCUGACCCACAUCAAAACAAAGGAAAUUCUCCUUCAACAGUUUUGAUGAAACUGGAUCCACUUAAUCCAGAUCCUGCAUUUACAGACCAGGAAACAAAACCAGAUCUGGAUCCACUUAAUCCAGAUCCUGCAUUUACAGACCAGGAAACAAAACCAGAUCUGGAUCCACUUAAUCCAGAUCCUGCAUUUACAGACCAGGAAACAAAACCAGAUCUGGAUCCACUUAAUCCAGAUCCUCCAUUUACAGAUCAGGAAACUAAACCAGAUCUGGAUCCACUUAAUCCAGAUCCUCCAUUUACAGACCAGGAAACUAAACCAGAUCUGACACUUGUAGACCCUCCUCCAAAAGAUUUUUGUAGACCAGAUGAACAUGAACCAGAUCUUCCGUUUACAGACCAGGCAACCAGACCAGAUUCAGGAGACCCUCUUCUAACAGAUCCACAUAAACUGGAUCAGGGUCAUCCACAAGGUCCUGAUCCGGCUCAGGUGGAUCAAGGACCAGAUCAGUGUUUCCAAACCCAGAGAACCAGACAGGGAAACCAGUCUGAAAACCAGCAGGACCCUCCUGAUCCAGAUCCACAGAGACCACCUGAACCCACAUCUUCAGGAUUUCUAGACCAGGCCCCGCCCCCUCCUAAGGCUUCUCAGACGUCACCCCUCACUCUGGAGCCCCGCCCCUCCAGUGCUUCAUCAGGUGAACUCAGACUGUGUGGUUACCUGAUGAAGAGGGCGGGGCCUCUUCGGGCCUGGAAGCAGCGCUGGUUUACCUACGAGGAGAAGAAGAACCAGCUGUUCUAUUAUCGAACACCUCAGGAUGUGACGCCGCUCGGCUUGGUGGACCUGAGCGCCGCUACCUUCACCUACCCACUGCAGGAGAAUGGGACAUUCCAUAUUAGAACACCUGAACGCACCUUUAUACUGAAGGCUGUGAACCAGGAGCUGAUGCUUUAUUGGCUCCAGCAGCUGCAGGUGAAACGAUGGCGGCACCGGCAGAUGUCCACCGGUGCAGACCCCACAAAUAACAACAACAACAACACAACAGACGACUUCCUGCCGCUGCUGCAGAGUCCGGUGGGUCUGGUCGGGGAGGAGGCGGCGAAGGCGUCAUCACAGCGAACGCCGCUCACCAAUGUGUCAAUCAAACACCCGCUCAUCGAGAUCCAAAAUUCGGUCCACAGUCGGAGGAAGAGGUCGUCUCAGGAUUGGAGUCAGAGUGUGUUCCACGUCGAAGCUCCACCGUGGACCGAGCUGAACUCUGCAGACACCGAUACGACGUCCAGGACCACCUCUGGUACUGGGACCACAACUAGUACCGGGACCACCACCGGGACUACCACCAGCACUGGGACCACCACUGGCACCAGGACCAGGACUACCACCAGCACCGUGACCACCACUGACACCGGGACCACUACUGGCACUGGGACCAUCACCGACACCAGGACCAGCACUGGGACCAGCAACACCCCCCCAGAACCCCACACACCGACGGAACCUUCCAUCCCAUUGGCUGACCCGGGUUUAACCCGCUCUACAUCAGUGUUUGACAGGAAGUCGAAGAGUCGCGGUUCAUCCACGCUGCCCAGCCUGCGCAGAGACUCCGUGUGGUGGUCAGAGAGGACGUCCCGGCUGCAGCAGGAGAAGACCAUGCUGAUGGAGGAGGUCAAGGCCCAGAAGGAGUUGGUGUGGUUGCUCCACAAAGCUCUGGAGGCAGCUCAGCUGGAGAAGAGGACCUGUGCUGAGUUUGUGGCAGCGGAGGGUGAGCAGACACGACUGGAGCUGCUGCGACAUCGCGAACGCCAGGCAGCCAACCUGCAAAAUUGUCUGGAGGAGGUGAAAGCUGAGGCAGAGGCCCUGAGGAGGAGUGUGGCCCAGAAGGACACCCAGCUGACGGAGCUGCAGAACCAGAUCAGGAUACUGACGGAGAAGAACCAUGCGAAGCAGGAGGUCAUCGUGAAACUGUCAGAUCACAUGACCACCUGCACCUUUGACCCACGGCGCUCUGUCUGCGAAAGUUCGGACACGCAAAACUUCAGUCGACUCCAGGAAGAGAUUGAAAAUUUGAAGGACGACAUUGAGGCAUAUAAAACUCAGAACAAGUUUCUGAACUCAGAGAUCUACCAGCUGACCAAACUGUGGAGGACGAGCUCAGAGCAGGAGAAGAGUCUGAUGAUGAAGUGUGCUUACCUGGAGGCCAGUAACUGUCAGGUGGAGAGUCAGUACCUGGGCGUUCUGAAGAAGCUACAGGAGACUAAAUCUCUGGAUCCGGCCCAGAGGCGGGUCAUCCAGAAAAUGAUUGAGGACGCUCUGAAAGGAGAGUUGAAGAAUGUCAUCAAACACACCGCCAACAGGGACUAUGAUGAGUACGGCUUUAAGAUCAUCCCGGACUACGAGGUCGAGGAUGUGAAGCUUUUGGCAAAGAUUCAGGCGCUGGAGAUAAGAUCAAACAAUCUGCUGCACCAGGAGGGGGUAGAGCACCCCCUGCUGAGUCGCUGGGCUCAGUACCUGGCCGGCAGGUCUGAGGAUGACCUUUGCCCUUCGCCGGAGCUCAAAGGUCUGCUGCGAGGUGGCGUCCCGCAUGAGUACCGUCCUCGGGUUUGGCGCUGGGUGGUCCGAGCUCGAACCAGGACGAUAAGAGAACACCACCCACAGCGCUACCAACAGCUUUGUGAGAAGAGUCGGACAUCUCCUCACCCAGCAUCCAGACAGAUCCAGCUGGACCUACACCGCACCCUGACAACCAAUCAGCACUUCUCCUCUCCCUCUAGCCCCACCCAUCAACAGCUUCGACGCAUCCUAUUGGCCUUCUCGUGGCAGAACCCGGUCAUCGGCUACUGCCAAGGCCUAAACCGGCUGGCGGCCAUUGCUCUGCUGGUCCUCCAGAGUGAAGAGGACGCCUUCUGGUGUCUGGUGGCUGUGGUGGAGACCAUCAUGCCUCAGGACUACUACACCAAGAACCUGGUGGCCUCUCAGGCUGACCAGCGGGUACUGAAGGAAUUCAUGGCGGAGAAACUCCCCCGGUUAGCGUCUCAUUUUGACGAACACAGCAUCGACGUGUCUCUGGUCACCUUUAACUGGUUCCUGGUGGUUUUCGUGGAGAGUCUGCCCUGUGACAUCCUUCUGCCACUGUGGGACGCCUUCUUGUACGAAGGCACCAAGGUGAUCUUCAGGUACGCUCUGGCUCUGUUUAAAUACAAAGAGGAUGACAUCCUGAAGAUCCACGACAGCGUGGAGAUCUACCAGUACCUGCGCUUCUUCACUAAGACCAUCUCGGAUGGCAGGAGGCUGAUGAACAUUGCCUUCAGCGACAUGAAUCCGUUCCCCGGUCGCUUGCUGAGGAACCGGAGGGCGCUGUACCUGGAGCGCCUGCAGGGGGAGCUGCGGGAGCUGGAGCAGCAGCAGAGGGAGUUUGUAACAGAGGGUGUCGAACGCAAAGACAAAGAACUGGACAACAUGGUGAGCGAGGAUGACGACGACCUCUGAAGGCCACAGCGGAGCAGGCUCAGCAACUGAACACAAGGUCAAAGGUCAAAAAGCCACUGGUUAUAAACUGAACGGGGCUGCACCAAUCAAAGAAGGUCAUUCUGUGUCCAACUGACAAAGCAUUUCCUGAUGUUAAAAUGGAAUUUAGUUCUUUUAUUUGAGAAGUGACAGUAGGUGUCAGGUGUGGUGAGCUGCAUGCUGACUGGCCGGUUACAGUUACACAUGUGAUGUGUUAUUGUUACAUAUCAGAUCAGCUGAUUUAAUGGAUCUGUCUGUUAAUAACAUAAACUCAGAGUUGGUUUUAAAGACCAGUGGAUCUGUGGAAUCAGUCGGUUCUAAAAACAGAAAUUAAACAGAACCGACCUCUGACCUCUGACUGAAGGGUCAGACAGACUGUAUGGAAAUGAAAACUAUCAAACCAGUUAAAGUUCUCCAAAAAAAAAAAAAAAUACUGAUCCAAGGAUGAAGAUUGUGUUAAAUUUGGACUAAACCAAUGAAAUACACAAAAUAAUUAAUACAACAAAAAACACACAUUAUUACCAACACAACUAAAGUGUGUGUCAUCGACAGUUACACGACGCUGUUACACAGUACUAUUGUGUACAUGUACUACCCUGUGUACUCUUGUGUAUGUGUACUACCCUGUGUACUCUUGUGUAUGUGUACUACCCUGUGUACUCUUGUGUACAUGUACUACACUAGUCUUUUCUACAUUCAGGGUGUGAAGCUAAAAUGCCGUUAUCUUAAAGCUUUUGUCUUACUGGUGUAUUUCAGAACAAAUAUAUCAGAUCUAUCAGAUCACUAGAACUUCACCUCAUUCUGAAACUCUGGAAGGACACAACUACCUAUCAAAUUAUAAAACCAUAGUUUGUUGUCCUUUAACAAUUUUAGUCAAAGUUAGCAUUCAAGCGCUUAGCUAACAUUACAGUUUGACACAGUUACAUGAUAUGAAAGGACAUAAUUAUGAAAGAUCUUAAUAUUUUAUGUCUUCUUUCCUGACAAAGUUCUUGGAACAGUUUUUAUAUUAGUUUAAUUCUUUCCUGUCUACGGUAAAGUUAGCUAGGAAGUGGGUGAAUGCUAACUAUAGUGAAUGUCUUAGCUCAUGGUUGUUUAAUCUCAGGUUUGGGCUUACAUUCAUCAUGAUGUUUCCUCCAUCAUCUCAGUUAUUGAAGCAGUGAAGUUGAGACAUUAUUACAAUCUAUCACUUCCUUGUAUUUUAAUGAUUUUAAAAAUAGCCUUUUAGCAAGAUAUUGAGCUUCACACCCUGAGUAUGUGUCAUAUUAUCUGCUGGAUAAAGAUAAGCUACAAUGUAUAUAUAAACUAACAGAAUAAUUCUGCUGCUUUUUCAGUAGGAAAUGCUCUUUACAAAGGUUUUGUGGGUUUUGUCUCAUUCACAUGUAUGCACUUGGAUAAGUACCACCUCUGUUCACCAGUAUUUCUACAGUAAUUUGUGUGAUUUAAGUCAAAUGACUGAUGUUAUCUGUGGUUUUAGUAGUUAACAAACAUCAGACAUGUGCAGGACAGUUGCCAUAGCAGAGCUGCUAAUGCAGCUAAAGCUAAUGCUAGUUAGCAGAGAUGUGGUCACCGCAAACGUCCCAAGAAAAUGCUGCUAAAACUGCCAAAUGUGUCAGUUAUAGUUGUUUAUUAAACUCUGACGACACAAUGAUGGUACACAUCACUCAGUCUGUGUUGAGGUUUGGUCACAGGUUUAAUGGUGAAAACAGUAAUUAGCCUGUUAGCUAAAGGGCUAAAAUAAUUAAAUAUAGCAUCACUGUAUCCGUGUGAAUCUGGGGUUUUGUACCUUUUCGUGUUCCUUAAAUGUUACCGGUUCAUUAGUAUUCAGUACAGGAACCUUCUGUUUUGAGUUCAGAUGGGUUAGCUGUUAGCAUUCCCAUGUGUUCAUCACUACCCACUCCGAACCAGAAACUACAUUUUCUCCACACAGACCAUAAUUUAGGCUCCUUCAGUUUUAAAAUAAUUUAUGACAGUUUCUGGGAUCUGGAUAGAAUAAUAUCAUUAGUUUACUACUUGUGAAAAAAGGUUAAAGUUAUGCAAAUAAUAGCUGUUUUUGAUGAAUUGCUGGCAAACAUUAGCUACUGAGCUAACUGCAGCUCACAGGAUAAUCAGAGAUCAACAGAAGCUAAAAAAAAACUUAUGUUUUAAAAAAGACAUCAGAAAACCACAAAAAAUAAUUAAAACCAAACACUAGCUGCUAAACAUUACUAAUAACAGUGAGUUUAAAGCUUCAAUAUGUGACAUUUCUGUAACACAAAUCCUACAAACCGGACUGUAAAAGUUUGAUUAAAAACACUUAAACAUGA